AUGGACGAUUCUCAAUUUAAGGUCAUUAUUGUCGGGGGUUCCAUUGCGGGCCUUUCACUAGCACACUGCCUAUACAAAGCAGGCAUUACCUGCAUCAUCCUCGAGAAACGAUCGGAAAUUGCGGCCUACGAAGGAGCAUCCGUUGCGAUUAUGCCCAAUGGAGGGCGGAUUUUGGAGCAGCUGGGACUUUAUGAAGCUGUGGAGAGGCUUAUCGAGCCGAUGCAUGUGGCCCACGUCCGCUUUCCGGAUGGAUUCCAUUUCAGCAGCCCCUACCCCAAGGUUAUGCAUGAAGCCUUCGGGUUCCCAAUGGCAUUCAUUAGUCGACAGAAGUUACUCCAGAUUCUGUAUCACUCGUUUCCCGAAAAAUCGAGAAUAUACGUGGACAAAACCGUCAACCGCAUUGAAUAUCAGAAUCAGAACAGUGUACUGGUUCAUACGCAGGAUGGGCGGUCCUAUCGGGGUGACCUAGUUGUUGGGGCUGACGGGGUUCAUAGUUGUGUGCGGACACAAAUGUGGCACAUUGCCGACACGUUGCGGCCUGGCAUGAUCCCCAAUGACGAAAAGAAGGGAAUGACCGUAAGUUAUGCCUGUAUCUUCGGCAUCUCCUCGGAGGUUCCCGAAUUGAAGAUUGGCCAUCUACACUUGAGUGUCCACAACGGGAAAUCUUUCAUCAUUGCUCCUGGGAUUAAUGGACGGCAGUCCUGGUUCGUCGUCCUAAAACUGGAUAAAACAUAUCCAUAUCGCAGUGCGCCACGCUUCUCUCCCAAAGAUGCCGCCUCAUUAUGCGAACAGUUGACUGAAAAAUACGUAUGGGGGAAUAUUCAGUUUGCGCAAUUAUGGCAGAGGCAAGAGAUCUACUCCAUGGCCCCCUUGGAAGAGAAUAUAUUCCGAACGUGGCACUUCGGACGCAUUGUCUGUAUCGGCGAUAGUAUGCACAAGAUGACUCCAAACCUUGCGCAAGGCGCCAAUUGCUCCAUUGAAGAUGCCGCUUCCUUGGCCAACACAAUAUAUGAUGCCUUGAAUACGAAGGAUCACCAGCACAAGCUCUCCGAUCAGGAGGUUAACCAUCACCUGUGUCUAUUCAACAAACUGCAGAUUGAUCGCAUGACCAAAAUCUAUAAGGGUUCCCGGAUGGUGGUGAGGCUGCAGACACGUGAUAACCUAUUCUGGAGGCUUAUUUUGCGGUAUCAUGUGCCAUAUGCUGGAAACGAACCAACAGAGAAAGCCUUGAAGAUCCUCGAGGGCGCAAUAGCGCUGAGCUUCAUUCCGCUACCACAGCGAUCAGGCCCCCGCUGGGUGUUGCCCAGAAAGACAGAAAAGAGACUUUUCGCAUGGGCUGGGGCUACGUUGGUAUUCCUGCUGGUAGGAUUGAUAUGGUGGCCCCUUGAAUCUAUUUCGUAG